UAUUUACAUGUUGGGCCAGGAAGUACAGUAGGCUAACUAAUGAGGACAAGGGGCGCUGGAAAUCAUUAACCUCUGGUGGAUAUACAACGCCGACUUACAAGGGCCAACAUGAGCUCGUAUUUAGACUUAUACUCGGAAGGCGACAUGAUGCCAUUGCCUGUGAAAUUCUGUCACGACGAACACAAACCAGGGACACUUCAGUACCACGGGGAGAUAGUUGGGAGACUUUCGUCAGGUAUGCUGGACCACCAGAGCAGCAGUCGGUCGAUAUCAGGAGGAGUGCAUCAUCAAGGUGUGUUUAAGGUGCCACGCGAUAGCGACGCAUCUGUAUCUGAUGCCAAUUACUUGGAUCAGGGACUUGCUUAUAAUUUGGCGUAUGGAUGCUACAACGACGUGGAACAGAACAGGGUGCAUACCCAGUGCGUGAACUCGGCAUAUUCAGGAAACGGUCCUUUCCCCAGCCAUCCCACAGAGACCUACUACCACGAUAUUAGAGAAACAAACCAGCAGUGGCAGAGCAUAAAGAUAUCGCGAGGAUUCGUCAAUGCCAGUCAUCAGAAUGCAUCACCAUCCCAUGAGAAUUGUCCAAGAACUGGUCCUAGGCAAGAGGAGCCGCAAGUUUUGGCAAAUACAUUUGACUGGAUGAAAAUCAAAAGAAGCAACCCCAAAAUCAGUAAAGCUAUUGAAUAUGGAUUAUCGAACGCCGGAUCAAUUCCAAGAACAAAUUUCACAACCAAGCAGUUAACAGAAUUAGAAAAAGAAUUUCAUUUCAACAAGUAUCUCACCAGGUCAAGAAGGGUUGAGAUAGCCCAUAGUUUGCACCUGAAUGAAACCCAGGUGAAAAUAUGGUUUCAAAACAGAAGAAUGAAACAAAAGAAGAGAGAGAAAGAAGGCCUUACUGGGAUGUGCGUGCCUCCCAUAUCGAAGAACUCGGACUCGUCCCCAUCAUCAGAACUCAACUCUCCAGUUUCAUCCCCUCCCUGCUCCCCCAUCACGCUCUCCCACAGCGGAUAACUGGAGGGGUUGAGCACAUCAUUGUGGUUUACUCAGAUUUCUGUUGUCACCUUAGGCUUUUCUUAUCUUAUCUUAUCCCACUAAUUGCACUAAUGUCUUUUAUGAUAUUAAGAAUUAACACGGUGCCUUUUGUUAAGUUAUCUGACUGAGGGAAAGUUCCAACAUGUUGUGAAUGAAAUUGUUUGUGAAGUUUCAAUCAAGGGCCACUGUUUGUGUCUUGAACUAUAAUUGCCUUACUUAUUGAUGACUGAUCGAAGCGUUACACUGAAUUAACCAAAUAUUAAACCAAAUGCCUUAUUAUGUAAAGAUUAGGUUUAUAAAAUCAAGUGUGAAUCAGACAUUUGCAGGGGGAAGCCCCGAAGUGUUAGAAGUGAUGCAAUGCAAUUGUUAAUAAAUGUCAAUUAAGUUUACAUCAUUCUCAACCUACUCUCCGACUUCUAUCAUGAGCUAUACAGUCUAUUUAACUACCCAUGUACUGUAUGUCUAUGUCACCCUGAAUUAACCAAAUAUGUUUUAUUUAAAAGCCAUGGUGUAAGGUUGUGCUCAGGAUAUUUCUUCAGUCUGCUGAAGAAUGCACUAACGCUCAGGUUUAAAUAUACGAUUGUUGAGUAUAAUAAUAGCAUCAUUGAAGAGUCACUGCAGUUAUACCAUUUGAAGUGACAGCAAUUAAUAAAAUACAUAUAACUCA